AGAUCCCAUUCCCAGCUGCUGCAGUUCAAUGUGUUGUGGAUAGCAGGCUCACCCUGAUACAGAGUAACAGCGGGAAAGCUGCAACACUACUGCCGCGAAACAUAGCUCAAAUCACCCGCCAAAUGACGAUGCAGAAAGUCGGUUAACAAGCUCUUCCAUAUGAACACGGCUGCCACAAGUGAGGAGCUAAUUAUUAGGACGCUAGGAGAAAUGCAGCAGGAGCGCUGUUCUUCCUCCGACAGGCCUUUGGAUCCCGGCUGUCUGCUGGAACGCGACGCCGAGCGGAGCGCGGACCGGCUCGGGUGCGCGGCGGUGGAUUUCCCGGUAGCUGUAGUUCUUCCCGCCGGUGGCUCUGGGGAAAGAAUGGGACUGGCCACACCGAAACAAUUCUGCACCAUUCUCAACAGACCUUUGAUAAGCUACACGAUUCAAGCGUUUGAGAGAUUAUCAUGGAUUGGAACUGUUGUCGUUGUGCUUGCUAAGGAGAAUCAUGACUUGAUGCUGAAUAUUGUCCAGAAAUUUAAUCACACAAAGGUAAAAGUAGUCCACGGGGGAACCACCAGACACAGGUCGAUCUUCAACGGACUUCAGGCCUUCAGCAGCACUACAGACUCACUGACGCCCAAACCAAAAGUGGUCAUCAUCCAUGAUGCCGUGCGGCCGUUUGUGGAAGAAGAUGUUCUGUUGAAAAUCACCCUAGCAGCUAAAGAGCAAGGGGCCUCGGGAGCAAUACGUCCUCUAGUGUCCACAGUCAUUGCAACCACGUCAGAGGGCUACCUGGACCACUCGCUGGAGAGAGCAAAGUACCGAGCCAGUGAAAUGCCUCAAGGAUUUCUUUAUGACAUUAUUUUCCAGGCCUACCAGCGGUGCAGUGAAUUUGACUUUGAGUUUGGCACCGAGUGCCUGCACUUGGCCCUGCAGUACUGUGGCACGAAUGCAAAGCUCAUAGAAGGACCACCGACUCUGUGGAAAGUAACAUACAAGCGAGAUCUUGCAGCUGCGGAGGCUAUUAUUAAAGAGACUCUUUCAAUGUCAGCAUGUAUCAUCGCAGGAGCUGAAGCAGAAGCCGUUGAGUUGGCCAAAACGCUUCAGAAAAAUCUGAACAUGAUGGAGACAGACGUCAUUCCAUGUGCAAAGGAAAGUAAUACAGAGUACCUGUCCAAAACCCAAAACUUCAUUCACAUAUCUACGACUGCAUCAAACUUCUUGGGGACCCUGGACAUGGUGAAACGAUUUGAGGACACCGACCACACUCGUUUAUAUCCAGUAGUUGUUGUUUGGGUACAGCUGAACAUGACAAAGCAGUCUGUCGACAGCCAAAAGACAGACGAGUUAACAGCCUUCAGGAGUCUGGCCUCUGAAGUCAUACAGGGAAAUGUUCUGCUCUAUGGAAUUCAGAUUGAUCACACCAAGAUUUAACAAAGCAAAAUGAAAAUCUUCCCGCAGAAGCUGCUGAAGUUUGAUUUGAUCUUUGAAGACUCAACAUGUCACACUGGUGGUAAUGUAUCUUAGAUUUUUUUGUCUCAUGCUCCCUCUCUCUUAUUAUGUGUCUUCCUAUGCAACUCUUUUCUAUUUGUCAUCUCAAAAGUGAAAAAAAAAAAAGCUGCUUCGUGUGAGAUGUGAUCAGGGCUCAGUAAAUCAUGCCACGGGGUACCGCUGUGAGCAAGAAGGCAUGACGGAUAGCGAAAGAGAGAAACCGCCUAUGAAAACAAACCUUGUGUGAACAGCAUCCAGAUCCAUCCUGAUAAUUUGGCUAAUAAGCAGGAUAAACAGAGAGUUUGUGUUACUCACCCGAGACGUCGGCGGUGUGAGAUGGUGCUUUGAGAGAUGAGAAUGACCGUCUCUCGUCUUCUCCGCUCUCUCUAAAUAAGGCCCUGACUCCACACUCUUUUCCCCAUCUGCUAAAGCUAUUUCCCCCAACAAGGCAUCUGAUUUCCUCUCCUUCUUUUACCCGUGAGCAGAGAAAAGGCCCUGCUCUGUGUGCCGUUGCACUGCAUCUGUCUCUAUGGGUGAAACCUUUGGGACGUCUUGAAUGCCGAUGCUGAUAGUUCUGCAGGAGCAGCGCGGGCCGCGAUGAGCAACUGUUACUCUGAUUAAAGCAGUGAUACACUACCAUGACCGCAAAUUAUAGCUAAUGGAUAUUCCAUAAAGAACCUUUUAUUUCAUUUUAGUGAGAAGUUGCUGAAUUUAUAUGGUAUAUAUUGUUGGAUUAUAU